GCUUGUACGGCAUGCACGGUGCAUGUCAAUGCAUAUAUAUGCACGAUUGUCCACCCGAUUGUCCUGCCUUGUAUUUGCAAAGUUGUAUGCCGUCUCGAUCUCCGUCGCCACCACUUCAAUUACUUGGACAGCUAUCAAGGGAAGCCGAAGGGAACAACAACGAAAAUGUCGGAAACAAUGGUCAACAUCGUUGUUGGCAACAUCACUAUGGUUGAUCCUGAAGUUUACAGAUACUGGUUGGAUGGUUAUUCUGCUUAUGAAGCAGCCAGGAGGAGACACCAGAAGGUCAAUCGCGAGAAACCAGGCUACUCCUUUGAGAUCAUCAAGAACGAUACAGACGACAACUACAGGGCCUUCAUAGCCAUGGAGAAGCACCUACAGAAUCCACUAUCUCUUGCCAAUCAACCGUUAUUUCAACUUCCUCCAGACAUGCAAGGGUUCCUUAUAGAAAAUUUCUAUGAAUUAGAUUCCUCGGUUGCGAGGGAAAUCCUUGGUAAGAAACUCUCUAGCAGGCACAGGAAGGACUUAGAUGAGAUCAGAGACAAGACCAAUGUUGCUCUUAGAAGCUGCAGGAGACAGUAUGAUAAUUUCAAAAGAGUUUUCAAGACGGUUGAGGAUAUGGAAGGCCCUAUGGUGAAGAACAUCCAAAAUCAUUUUCUCCUCUCGCAAGAGCUAGCCAAGAAGUACGCUGCCAUCGUAUUCUUUGCCAACAAUCGGUUUGAGACUGGUAAGAAGCGUGUUCAGUACCUGACCUUCAACGACCUAGCCUACUGUGCUGAUGAAAUGAUCAGCAGUUGGACUGCUGGUUCUGUGGAUUCCAGAAAAGAAGACUUAGAUGCAGAUUUUGACCGGGAAUUUCUUCAGAUGCUGAGAGAACUCAAGUUUCUAGCGUAUGAUAAAGAUGCAAGUGACCAACAUAGAACAUUGCUGAGCAACUCCAUCAAAGGAAAGAUCACAGAUCGGGCCUAUUCGGAUAUCGAAGGGGAUUUCAAGACUGUUUCUCGGGCCAUCAUCAGCAUUGCUUGUGGAAUGAUACACUCAAAAGAACUCAGGGACUUCUUCAAUGAUGUCAUAGAGAAGAUUGUUGAGCCAUGUAGACAGUCGUUCUGGACGGCGGAUGAUAUGAGCAAGUUUCUCACCGUGUAUACCAGCAGUAGUUACCAAGUUGAAGCAAUGGGCAGACAUCCACGGCUACAUUCCAUCCUGGAGCGUUACAUGUCAACCCUCAGGAAGUGUGUCAUUAGGAUGUAUCACAGCUGAUUGCUGCUCAAAGACACUUUGUGUGCAAGAGACUUCUGAGAAAUACUAUAUAUAUAUAUAUAGCAAACCCGUGAGGUGUGCUUAUAAGCAUAUCCAGACUGAUAUGCGGAAACAAGACCUAGGAUUGUUGGAAGAGCUCUUUACAAUGAGUCAUGCAGUUUUUAGUUCUCAUAUCUCUAGAAACUACUUAGAAAUACUGUAUGAAAGCGAACCCAUGGAGGUGUGCAGGUACAAUGUUGAACGUAAAAUCCAGACUGAUACGAGUAUGCGGAAACAAGACCUUGGAUUGGUGGACAAGGUUUUUCCGAUGUUUCAUGUGGUCAUACGUGACCUUGCAUCUCAAUUUUGAGAGCUUAAAUCCCCUUAUUAUCAAGUAUUACGAAUUGCUUGGUGCAAAGUGGAUUGAAUCAUUCAGUGUUGAGGAUGUUAACAUGGACAAUACACUGGGUGUUUCCUUUAUAUGGUGGAAUCUCUACUUUUGGGACCUUCUUUCUAAAGGGGGAUGUUGACAAUUUAUUUUACGUCAGGGUUGAUGAUAGAAGAUGCAUUGAAUUGGGCUUAGUGGAAAGCGAGGUAGACUGCUAGUGUCGCAAAUUCAAACUCAAAUGUUGGGCAAGACUUGAAAUUAAAUUCAAAUAAGGUCAAAUAAAUUCGCACAGCAGAUUUGUUGAACAAAACAUGGAGGCCCCCCCUGGCCUUUUAGUUUUAAACUAUCUUUCUCUUUUGAGUAGUGGUACGAUUGACUCCGCUUUAUCUUUAAGCACUUUUGUGACUGAAUAUUCAUACAGUUCCAUAUCAAACAUGAGUGCAUAUUCAGUUCAAUUUACCAAAGAGCCUUAAGGUUGAAGGUUUUUCUACUUGAAGAGGUCAGUUGCUGAUUGCUCUAUAAAAGCUUAUCGUAAGUGGUGAUAUCACACAGUAUUUUUUCAAACCGAAAUGAUAUUUGUAUAGUAUUAUUAGUAAUGAUAAAAUUGAAACGUACUUUAUUGAAAAGUACAGAAACAAAAACAUGAGUCAUGCAACUUUACUAACAGAGAUGUGAUUGUCCUAACACGUGUUCAUUCAGAGAAAAUUUAUGAAUAGUGCAAUAUUUGUUAAUCUUGUCGAUGUAUCAUAUUCUCAAAACCAUCGUAAGUUAUGGUUUAGUCCAUGUAAAUAUAUUUUGAUGUCAUGUUCUCAGAGAACAUUUGAACAUAAUUUGGGCAUUUCCAUGAAGUAUGUACCCCUGACCCCCUAUAUUUGCGACCUUUCUGAAAUAAUUUGUCUGUCUUGUGGUUAAUAUGAAAGGUUCUUAUGCGCUAAUUUAUCAUGGCUUGAGCAGUUCGUAAAGGAAAAUGAAAAAAAAAAUGGGGCUGGACAUUGACAAAAGUUAAUUUUAUGGAAUUGACUGUCGAUUUCUGAAUGGCAUUAUUUAAAAUAAAACAAAAAAGAGACAAUUCCAUAAUAUGCUUUGUCUGAUGUAGAAGUUCUAUAACUUGAUUUCAGCAAUUAUCACUUGACUGCUAGCAGCUGAGGAUGUUCUAAGCAGUCUGUGUGACAAAGCAACGUUCAGGCGAGGCUUUAUUAGUUAGCACUGUAUUUUCAGUGGAAGGUUAUGGGAGCCGGCAGGGAUGGGAAUGGUGCUAAAUGUACAGUGAUGGAAGAAGAUGGAAAGUUUCUGUGAUCACAGACAAGUGAGUCUAUUCAAACACACAGAAAUAUAGGUUAUAACAAUGACUUUCCAUGAAGUACUGUAUGUCGUACUACAGUAUAGAUCUGGGGCCCCGUUUCAUAAAGGACUUGCAACUGUUGUAACUUUGCCAUUAUGGCAACUACCAUGGAAACCUUGAUUCUGAUUGGCUGCUGAGCCCUGUUACCAUGGUAGUUGCCAUUAUGGCAAAGUUACAACAGUUGCAAGUCCUUUAUGAAACGGGCCCCUGUAGAUUAGAUGGUGUGAAGUCCCCCAAAACAAUUUUGUUACCCAUUUCUAUGCUCAUGUACAUUGUAUUGUUUUGCAAAUUGUUCAUAGAACCAUAUUGUAUUCAAGUAUGGAAUGUGCUCUUCUGAUUAAAUUGAAAGCGCAGUAUUUCAA